UCGCUGCGAUCUGUGUUUCCUUAGAGUGCCUCUAAUCAAAGUGGCGACAAGUUGGGUGGUCCGCCAUGUUUGAUCGAAAUCGGGUGUGUUCAGACAUACGCCGUCAGUACUGAAAAUCUAUGAAAUGUACAAUUUAUGAACUGACCGUAAAUAUCGGAACAUAGUGCAAAAAGUAACACAAACAUUCGUAUAACCUGUAAGCGUUUGACAACUGUUUAUAUUUUCGUUUUUAUAGUUUUUAUAGUUUCGUUAAUUAUUGCAAAAUGGUUGGAUGUACCAUACCAUUUUGCAACAAUUCCUCAGAAAAGGGAUAUAUUCUGAAAAUAAUCCCGAGAGAUGAUGAAUGUCGACGACAAUGAAUAGAACGUAUAAAUACAAAGUAUAAUUGGACGCCAGCAAAACAUUCAUGUGUAUGCGAGGUACACUUUCAACCUGAAAUGUGGGAACAGAGGAGCGAUAAGAAAAGGAAAUUGAAACAUAACGCAGUACCUACAAUUUUUGAAUAUUUUGUAAAAAAACAAAUUCCUGUUACAAUACCUAAUAGCACUGAGGAAACACAGCAGCCCAUUUAUGAAGAACAUAUAGCAGUAAAUGAGAAACAGACGGUUAUAAAUGACAUAGUUGAACCUGUUCUUGCUCCUAUUACAUCAUUGUUAAAUGAUACAGAACACAUUGAAGUAAAUGAGAAACAGAUGGUUAUAAAUGACACUGUUGAACCUGCUCCUGUUCUAACUAUAUCAUCGUUAAAGGAUAAAGUGUGUACUUCACCUGCUAGCGAUACAAAAGAGAAAAUUGCUAAUAAGAAGCUGGAAGAAAGAAAUGAAAAACUGCAACAACGUAUAAUGCUCUUAAGUAAACAAAAUAAGGUAUUGCGUUCACAAAUACAAUCACUCCAAAAGAGUGAUACAAAUAAUAAAUACAAACAAGUAUUAAAAAAGGUAUUCCACGAAGAUCAAAUAAAAGCGUUAUUAACAAAACACCGAAGUACAAAAUGUUGGUCUAAUAUAACUGUUCAACGUGCACUUAAGUUAAGGUUUGCGUGUGGUAUAACUGGAUAUGAAGAACUUCUGCAACAAAAAAUACCUCUUCCAAGUUUACACACUUUACAACGACGAAUAGAAAAUUCAAAAUUUGAAAGUGGUAUUUCAAAUGACAUGUUUCACUUUUUACAAAUGAAAGUGAGUACAUUUCAAAAUGAUACCGACAGAGAAUGUGGACUCGUUCUUGAUGAGACGAGUAUAACAUCUAAACAUGUGUAUGAUUCAUCAACAAAGACAUUACUUGGAAAUAUAACGCUGCCACAUGAACAAGAUAAUUAAAAAAGCUGAGGACAUUGGUCUUCAUGUCAAUUAAGUAACUUCUGACAUGGGUCCAGGAAAUGGUAAGAUAUAGAAAUGUUGUGGAAUAAAUGUGGGACGGUAUUCUAGUGUUAAAAAUUAUAUACCUCAUCCUUCUAAUCCCGAUAGAGUCCUAUAUUUUAUUGCAGAUGUGCCACAUCUUUUGAAAAAUUUAAAAGAAUCAUUGUUUUCAAAUCAAUCUUUUCUGUUGCCGGAACAAAUCGUUACCAAAUAUAACUUACCAUCAAAUAGAGUUGAAAGUGCACAUUUUAAUGACUUAAUUGAAUCUCAAAAAGACUUAGAAUUUUACCUAACACCUAAAUUACGUCACGAUGAUAUUCAUUGUACUAACACUUAUAAUAAAAUGCGUGUCAAUAAA